GGAAACCGGCUGGAAGGGGGAGGGGGCGUUGACGUGCGCGUGCGCCUUUGACCUACUAGUGAGCGCGCGUACGUGCGAUGAUGUGUGGAUUUGAUCAAUAUUUUGAUUGAUGCUGUUUUGUGUCCGAUGUAAACACACGACUGGGUGGUUUUUUCGAGUGUACACGUGGCAGCGCGCAAAACAUCAAUAUUGUUUUGUUGUUUUCUUUGUUUACAAAGUGUCACCUUGAUGUUUAUUAAUUGCACCUUUACCCUCCAGCUUCACAUGUGCAUAAUGCGGCUGCUGCUUGCUUUGUUUUUUCAUUUCAUUCAUGAGUUAAUCUACAAUUUAUGAGGACAGCCAGUGCCUUGGCAAACCGAGCUGACCCAGCUGAACCACUUUGUCAGUGCGCUUUUAUUCGCGUUAUUACGACUGCAAUGGCAGCCUCCAUAAAGAGCGUUUAGGGUUACAUGGCAGCAGUUUUGUAACCUCAUUUCCUAAGGAUCUUGAUCUUUACGUACAUUUCACUCUCCUCUGUCAGAAACAUUACAUUUGAACAGAAGAUCUCCUGCCGAAACUGUGUACUUCUCACAUGUUGACAAAGAAGCUUCCCCCCCUGCGAAGUUUCCUGGUCCAGGUUUCCCGACAUGCCAGUCACAUUGCCCGUCAGCAGUAUGAUGUCAUUGUUGUGGGUGGGGGCCAUGCAGGGACUGAGGCCGCGGCAGCGGCAGCCAGAGUGGGAGCUGAGACACUCCUGGUCACACAGAAAAUACAUACCAUCGGCGCCCUGUCCUGUAACCCGUCUCUGGGAGGAGUAGGGAAGGGCCAGCUGGUGAAGGAGGUAGAUGCUCUGGACGGGCUGUGUGGUCGAGCAGGAGACUGGGCUGGGAUCCAUUUCUCCAUCCUGAAUCGUAGAAAAGGCCCUGCUGUGUGGGGCCCGAGAGCCCAGCUGGACCGCGAGCGCUACCGCAAAUUCAUUCAGUCUGAGCUGCUGUCCACUCCCAGGCUGACCGUUGUGGAGGGCUCAGUGGAGGACCUGCUGGUCACAGAACCAAACCCAGAGGAGCCUGGACACCACAAAGUCACUGGGAUACGUUUAGAAAAUGGAAGCGACCCAAUCUCAGCCAGCUCCGUGAUUCUUACUACUGGUACUUUCUUGACUGGCUCCCUCUUCAUGGGCCAAACCAUGUCCCCCGGGGGUCGGAUUGGAGAUGCCCCGUCGAGUGCUGGGCUGUCCCGGACGAUGAGGGAGAGGCUGGGGCUGAGGAUAGGCAGGCUGAGGACUGGUACCCCUCCCAGGAUUGUGAAGGAUUCAGUAGACCUUGCCCAGGCUCACCUUCACCUUCCUGACAGUCCUCCAACUCCCUUUAGCUUUCUCAAUACACACACACGCUGCAAGCCUGAGGAGCAGCUGCCUUGCUACCUGACCUAUACUACCCCCGGUGUAGAGAGAGUUGUGCAGGAGAGUCUUCAUCUCAACUGUCACAUACAGCAAGACGCCAAGGGUCCCAGGUACUGCCCCUCCAUCGAGUCUCGAGUGCUUCGCUUUCCAGGCCGAAAGCACCAGGUGUGGCUGGAGCCUGAGGGAGUGACCUCUGACCUUUUGUACCCUCAGGGUCUGUCCAUGACCAUGCCCCCUGACAUCCAGCUCCGCCUCAUCAGAGAAAUCCCUGCCAUGCACAGAGCAGAGAUCCACACACCUGGUUAUGGUGUGCAGUAUGAUUUUGUGUGUCCCACUCAGCUGAGCCCUGCGUUGCAGGUGAAAAGCACCCAAGGUCUUUUUCUGGCCGGUCAGAUCAACGGAACAACGGGGUACGAGGAGGCUGCUGCACAGGGCCUGUGGGCGGGGGUGAACGCCGCCCGCUGGGCACUCUCCAUGCCUGCAGUGACAUUGUCUCGGACUGAGAGUUACAUUGGAGUUCUCAUCGAUGAUCUGGUGAGUCGAGGCGUUACAGAGCCCUACCGCAUGUUCACCAGCCGGGCUGAGUUUCGAACCUCUCUAAGGCCGGACAACGCUGACCUCCGCCUCACUCUGAAAGGAUUUGAGGAGGUGGGAUGUGUGUCCUCCUUACGCUACCAGGAGGCUGUGAGAGUGAGGGACAGUCUGCAUGAAGCACUGGCGGCCCUUCAGUCUCUCGUUCUGUCCUCCCCCAACUGGAAAAAAAAGCUGCCCGACAUCCAUAUAUGUGAGGCCAAGAAUGGUAUGGAUGUGCUGCAGUACAGUGAUGUGUCCUUUGAAAUGUUGGCAUCUGCCUUCCCAGAGUGCCUUUCACCUUACAUGGAGUUCUCACAAAGACUUAAGAUAGAGGCUGUGUACAAGCGUCACUGCGACCUACAGAGGAAGGAGAUAGCGAGAAUUCAGAAGGAGGAGAACAUGUCUCUCCCACAGGAUAUGGACUAUAUAUCUUUGCCGGUGUCACUGUCGAACGAAGCCAGAGAGAUUUUGGACAGAGUUCGACCCAGCACUCUGGGUGCUGCUACACGUUUGCAAGGUAUCACUCCAGCUGCAAUCGUCCAUCUCCUCCACUACGUGCGCUGCAUAGGACAAAAGGAGAGACAAAGGCACAGAAGCCAACCAGACCAAAAGGAGGAGAGAAAAGAGGACCUGUGUGCAAGUAGCGCAUCUUUACCUCAGUGAAAUGAUGACUCGUGAAAGGUCUUGUAAAAAUGUAUUUAUUCCUGAAAACGCACAAAAGAAUAAAUUAAAGUGUUUUAUCAUUUUAA